AUGUCUGUCGGCUAUCGGGUGGAAGGCACGCUCAUCGUUGGAUUAGAGCCUGAUGAUACACAUCAACUUCGGCACCUCUACACUGCACAACAAGAUUUAGGAUUAGAUGUCGAGUGGUUGACCGGACGAGAAGCGUGUGAAAUUGAGCCGGUCCUUUCGCCUCGCAUAACUGCAGCCAUCCGCUGUGCAACCGACCAUCAGGUUGACAAUCGGCUGAUGGUAACAGCAUUGCAACGUGCUUACCAGAGAUGCGGCGGUGUGUUGCAUGAAAACAACGCGGCCGAAAAUAUCCAUAUUGAAAACGGUGUUGCGACCGGUGUCCAGACACAAGACAGCGGAACACAAAACGCUGAUGUUAUUGUGCUGUCAGCCGGAUGCGAAUCGGCACAGAUUGACGGACUUCCAGCUGCCAUCCGUCCGCCAGUGCGUCCCGUGAAAGGGCAAAUGUUGGCAUUGCAGAUGGAAGCCGGGAUUACGGUCAAAAACGUCAUCCGCACCGUCAGAGCAAGGUAUCCGACAUCGGUAUAUCUGGUGCCGAGAACUGAUGGCAGACUUAUCGUUGGUGCCACGAGCGAGGAGAUGGGAUUUGACACGCGUCUAACCGCUGGCGGUAUGUUUGAACUCCUUCGUGGGGCGUGGGAAGCGGUGCCGGGUGUUUACGAACUGCCGAUUCUGGAGACAUGGACGGGUUUACGUCCCGGUAGCAGAGACAACGCACCUAUACUCGGCAAAACACCUGUUGAAAAUCUGAUAUAUGCAACGGGGCAUUAUCGCAACGGUAUUCUACUUACGCCUGUUACGGCUUACGAGAUAGCCAAACUAAUUUUGACAGGUGAAACUUCAGAGACAAUCGCUCCCUUCCAGUUAGACAGGUUUUUAAGGUAG